GCCAUGUCGCUGAGCCCCAAGCACACGACGCCCUUCUCGGUCACCGACAUCCUCAGCCCCAUGGAGGAGAGCUACAAGAAGUUCGGCAGCAUGGACGGGGCGGGCGGGCUGGGCGCGCCCCUCGGGCCGUACCGCCAGGCCUCCGUGCCCCCCGCCGCCGCCGCCGCCGUGCCGCAGCACGUCCCCGCGGGCGCGGCCGCCUACCACAUGCCCCACGGCGUGUCGCAGUUCCCGCACGGCGCCGUCGGGGGCUACUGCAACGGCGGGCUGGGCAACGUGGGCGAGCUGCCCGCCUACCCCGAGGGGAUGCGGGGCGGCGCGGCGGCGGGCGGCGGCUGGUACGGGCCCGGCGGCGACCCCCGCUACUCCAGCAUCUCCAGGUUCAUGGGCCCGUCGGCGGGGAUGAACGUGGCCGGCAUGGGCGGCCUGAGCGGCAUCGCCGAGGGCGCCAAGGCCAUCGUGCCGCUGCACGCCGCGCCGCGGAGGAAGAGGAGGGUGCUCUUCUCGCAGGCGCAGGUCUACGAGCUGGAGCGGCGCUUCAAGCAGCAGAAGUACCUGUCGGCGCCCGAGCGGGAGCACCUGGCCAGCCUCAUCCACCUGACCCCCACGCAGGUGAAGAUCUGGUUCCAGAACCACCGCUACAAGAUGAAGCGCCAGGCCAAGGACAAGGCGGCCGCGCAGCAGCUGCACCCCGACGGCGGCGGCGGCGGCGGCAGCGGCGGCCUGUGCCAGCAGCAGCCCUCGCCGCGCCGCGUGGCCGUGCCGGUGCUGGUGAAGGACGGCAAACCCUGCCCGCCGCCGGGCAACGCCACCCCGGGCCCCGGGCCCGCCGCCCCCGCGGCCCCCGCCGCCGCCGCCGCCGCGCCCGCCGCGCACCCGCACCCCGGCUCGCUGGGGCAGGCGGCCGACCUGGAGGAGCUGUCGCCCAGCCCGCCGGCACUGCACGGCCCCGUGGCGCCCCUGGCCCCCCUGGACUCGGCCGGCGUCGACUACAACGGCGGCAUGGUCAGCCCCAACCUGCUCUACGGCAGGACGUGGUAA